AUGGUUACUUCUAAUAAACAAUCAGAUAAAAAAGUAGUAAAAAUGGCCGAAGAGAGUAGUGCCGCAGUAGUAGUGCCUCAGAGAACCUUACUAGGCGAAGUUAACGAACACAUUACUUGUCCAUUAUGUCGGGGCUACUACAUAGAUGCAACAACUAUUGUAGAGUGUUUACACUCCUUCUGUCGUAGCUGCAUUAUCAAACAUUUGCAAGUUAAAAGCUACUGUCCAGUUUGUGAAAUGAUGAUCAAUUCUGCUAAGCCCAACAUUAAAUUAGACAAAGCUCUUCAGGAUAUAGUUUACAAGCUUGUACCAGGCCUUUUUCAAAAAGAAAUGGAACGGCGACAACAGUUUUAUUCUUCUAGACCUGGUCCUGCUGCAUGUGCUACUCCUGAGCAAAGAGGUGAAGACACAGAAAGAAUAAUUUUCAGUCCUGAAGAUGUUAUAUCCUUCUCUUUGGAAUACUGUGAUGUCACAGACACUGACAGCAUAUCAAGCAAAUCUUCUGACAGCAAUGAACCUCAACCUGCAUCUACUACUACAAGAAGAUAUCUUCAAUGUCCUGCAGUUGUUAAUAUUAACCACUUAAAGAAGUUUUUAAGUAUGAAAUUUGACAUUGACAGCACUCAAUUUGCCAUUGAUAUUUUAUAUAAGAGAGUUCCUUUACCAGAUUAUUACACAUUAAUGGACAUUGCAUAUAUAUAUAAUUGGAAAAGGAAUGAACCAAUGCGUUUUUUCUACCAAAUAACAGAUUAUGUAGCAAUUCGAAAUAGGUUGUUUGAAAUAAAUCGAAAGGGUAUAUGUCCUUUUGAUGAAAGAAAGUCAAGUCCAGCUCCAACUGAAGAUACUAGUGCAAGUAGUCCAGCACCUCUUUUAAAUGACCACGGCUCUGAAGUGUCUUCAGGAACUGAUAGCCCCAUGCCAGAUGAUAGCGUCAAACAAGCUACUGAUAUAAAUAAAGUGAAUGAUAAAGUAGGGCAGUUAAAAAAAGAAGGAGAUGAAGACAAAGCUGAUGAAACUGUAUGUAUGUCACCUAAGAAAAAUGAUGAUGAUGUUAAAAAGUCACAAUUUCUGAAUUCAUUUGAGCUUACUGCAAAGAGUAAUUGUAUGCCUCAUAAAACCUCUCCUGUAAAAACAGAUGAUCAGUUUAGUUUAGGCAAUAAUGAGUCAAUAUCCAACGCUCAGUCUAGUGGAGUGAAGUUGGAAGGUAAGGUGAUUGAACCAGCUAAAAGAAAGUAUCAGACUGCACAACAAACACCUGAACUAAAAAAAUUAAGGGUUGAAAUAGAGAAAUCCAAAGUGAACAUUGAAACUAAAUCAAUACCUGUAAUUCCUAGUGUAUCAACUUCUAAUGUAAGCGUGAAAACAGAUACUUCCAUAAGAGCACAGGAUAUUGAAGAUUCUUUGAAAAACUCUCCAGCACAUAAUGUAACUAUGACACCCCCUACAAAAGAGAUCAGACAACAACUGGUAAAUCCAAAACAACAGGAGAGUCCUAGCGCAAAAAGAUCUGUCACAAGUUCUAGUAUUUCAUCCCCUAAACGCAAACAUUCUAAUGAAAUACAAAUUACAAUGCCCCCUCCAGCAGGUCAGAAAUCAGUUUCCCCACUUAUACUUCCGAUUCCUAAGACUGAACCUCCAACAGCAGGUAUAAAAGUACCUGAAGUACAAAAGCAUCCUAUCAAAAAAAUGCCAGACCUUAAACCGAGUAUUGUAAUGCCUCAAUCAUCACAAAAUAAAUUACAGCCUGUUAAUAAAGUAAGGAUGGACCUUUUAGCAAAUAAUAGUGACCCUACAUGUGAUCGAAGUAAAAUAUUAUCCCAGGUGAAAACUUCACUAACUACUCCAACAGGAACACAGCCAUCUGGAGACCCAUUAAAAUCAUUAUUUGAUUCAUGCAAGAUAAAUAUUCCCUCAUCUUUAUCCAUUACAUUAACUGAUCAAAAACUUGAAAGUCAUAACCCUGCUGAAACAGUAGCUGUUGAACCUAAGAAGAGUAUGUUGAAUAAAAAUCUUGCAGGUGCUGGUAGCACUACACACAAAGUUCCAAGUCCUCCAGUACACAAUUAUAUAGAAAUAUUAAAAUUACCUGAUACUGAAACUGGAAAAAAAACAUUGAAAAGUGAAAAUAAUUCUGAAGUUAAGCAAAAUUUACAGUGUAAAGAAGCUACUCCUCCUCAAGCAAAACCAGUCACAAAAUCAGCUGAAAAUCAAAGCUCAGCUAAAGGCCCAGUUCCUAACUUGAAACCCAUUGCUGAUACUAAAUUAGCAAAACAGAGUGCUAACUUUUCUGCACCUAUUACAUUUCAGCAAACAUUUGAGCAACAACUCCAAAACUUGCAAUCUGAUAAAAAAACCAAGUUGCCUAAAAAUAAAGCUCAAGUUCCUAAGCUUGUGCCAGCCACUCCAAAAUCAUUUAGUGCAGCUAACAAGCCUACCAAUCCUGUGAAUAAACCCAAUACCAAUAGUAUGCCUAUACUUGAAAAUAAAUCAAGUGCAGCUCUGGAUUUAUCCACUCCUCAUAACAUACAAAACCAGCUACUGACAAUGCAGUCAAUAGAUAAUUUGGCUAAAAAACAAAGUUUGCCUAGCAAAGGAAUGUCUCUAAGUAUGCCACAAAGUAAUGUUUUUCCCAAUAUUGCAAACAGGCCAUUAACUACUGGAAUUAAUCCACUUAGAAUUCCACCUGUCCCUAAUGUAAAUUCAAUGAAACCAGAUAAAGGCAACCCCAGCGGUAAUCAAAUAAAUAAUAGACAUGAGGUGUCUUGCAAUAAAUCAAAUACCCUAAAAACUACAAGCACUAUCAAUAGCCCAUCUGUAACAUCACCAGGUUACCAAAUUACUCCUCGCAUAUCUCCAAGCACAGCUCAACCAUCACCAAGGUCACAGACUCGUUCUCCUAGUUCCUCACCAAAGUUAGUAAUUGCAGAAGAAAAACAAGCUACCAGUUGCUCUUCCGAACAGAUUUCAAAUGUAAAUUCCACAAAUAAUGAUGUCUCCAAAAUAACACCGGGACCUUCUAAAAUUUUAACUAAGCCUAUGGCAUCUACAGGUAAAUUAACAGGUAUAAGGCAGUCUCUUUCAACAAAUUUAAAACCAAGUCCUAGUGUGAGCCCAUCAGCUGAAUAUCUUAUGUCUCAAACACGUCCACAACUUCUAGCCCAUCAUCAAAAUAUGAUGCAGUUGAGACAUCAAAUGGAAAUGAAUGCAUGGGCACAGAGGCAACUUGAUAAUAUGUACAAAAGAUCAAAUAUGGCACAUCAGAUUCAAAAUGAAUUCAGUAACAAGGAUAAACAAUAA